AUGGCACGACCUCCCAACGACCUCGUUGAUUUUGACCUCAUUGAAACACAAAAAGAGAAUAUCCAGUCGCUGCCUAGUGGGAGGUCGGCAAAAGCACUGGCAGCGGUGUUCUCUCCACGGCCGCUGAACCAGGCCUCGCGUUCAUCCGAAUUGGACGAAACAAAAACCUUGAACGAUGCGAUCCGACGCGAAUAUGAGGUUGAGCUUGACUCUAUCGCGGAAUCGGAUGACCCCCUCGAUAUAUAUGACCGCUACGUGAAAUGGACAUUGGAUGCAUAUCCCUCGGCGCAGGCUACUUCGCAAUCGGGGCUGCUCCCAUUACUGGAGCACUCCCCAAGAGAGACAUUUGCUUUUCUAGCGCGACAUGGGGUCGGUGGAAACCUGGCGCUAUUCUAUGAGGAGUUUGCAUCUUGGUUGGAACGAGAUGGGAGGGUCUCGCAGGCCGAAGAGGUAUAUAAAAUGGGCAUUGAGAAAGAAGCAAGGCCGAUCGAACGACUCUUUAGAAAGUUUGGGGAAUUUCAGAAGCGGUUGGAACAGCGGCCGAGCGGUUCGGACGGCCCUUCAUCACCGGCUCUUCCCGCCAUAAGACCCGCCCUGGCAGCGAAAUUUGACCCAUUUGCAUCAUCGACAACGAGUCAGGACCCUCAAGCUGCAACUGCAAAUAGGGGACUUGGUGGGGGGAGUGGAAAGGUGUCUCGUAGUGGCAAGCCAAAAAUGGCUAUAUUCUCAGAUGCAAAUGGAGGCGAUGAAGCUCCAGGAACGAGCUCGAGCCCGGGGACAAAGGGAUGGGAGAGCAUUGGAUCGUUGAAAGAUCGUAAAAAGGAGAAUACAGUUGAACCGACUCCAUGGGCUGGGCAGACUUUGAAGGCUGGGAAGAAGCCUGUCGCUACUCAGAAAAUGGCAGUUUUCAAAGACGAGGAGAAAUUGCAGAUCCAGGAUGAGUCUCAACGGGAGAUUCCUCGUGACCAGAGGGGGAAAGGCAAGAAACUAAAGGUUAAGGAAGUCAGGGGAGAAACCCAGAUUGUCAAAACGAAUCUUGAUUCGCCUACGGGUCGAAAGAUCAAAAGAAAAGGGUCUUCUGAACCAACAAUGACGUUUCACACUAAGGCAGCUACAGAUGAGAUAUAUGGUAUAUUCAAUCAACCAUUGAAAUCUGAGCUUGAGCUUGCCAAGGAUAUUGAUAGUGUUUAUGGCAGCGACUAUGAGGAUGAUGAUUGUACUAGUGCGGGAGAAAGCACUGCUACAGGUGUGAUAUCAGCCCCAGGUAGUGAAUUUGGGGACGGAGAGACUAGUGCUUUUGAAGCAACUAGAGCUAGUAUUGGGGAUAGACUAGGGGACCAGACAGAAAGUGGUGACACUAAUGUCAGUGGAUGGACUGAAUUUUCCCCUGAACAACACAUCCCAAAAGCAGGCACAAUAACACCAAAAGAUAAUGACAAUAAAAAUCAUGACGGCUUGGGAACACUCCCUGGGCCCCAUCAAGGGGACUUGUCAGCCCAGCAAGAGGAAACUUUUGUCCUUGUUCCACCAGAGGACUACAAUCCACCAACAGGACCCUAUCGAGAUGCUUUUAUAGCCGCCCAAAAUCGGCUUCCUUUUAUGACCCCAAUUGUUGAACAUACCGAAUCCUCUCUGGCUUCGACAAUGUUCAAGAACAAGCACUAUAUGAGCUCGAGGACCCCUUCGAAAGGAUCGAAAUUUAUAAUAUCCGCAACAACUCCAGCCAUUCCAGAGAUGGACGAUCUUCUCCUGGAGAGCCCAUUCCGUGGCUUUGCUGGUCAAAACGACACCGAUUUUGACUAUCCCCUCGAUCUUAACGAUGGAUCUCCUAGCAAAUUGGCUAGUAAGUUUAAAUCUCCGAGGAACUCGCUGAAACGAGGCAUGGCACAGACCCGUGUGAUCAUAGAAGACGUACAAUGCAACCCCAUCGAGCUAGAAGUGAGAGAAAGGAUUCUGAAGGGUAUUCAUCCUCCACUGCGAGCAUAUCCAGGUUACCAUGACCAUACCACGCAACUCGGUGGAAAUGCGAGCGAAAUAAAAAAAUAUGUUAAAGCUUUGGCAAAGUCCCCCAAGGCAAACGGUGGAGAAAAACAGUUUGCCAUACCACCAAUUAUCUGCCUUUCAGGGGCCGCUAGAAGUUAUGCGGUAAAGAGGGAGCUUGGAGAAGGUGGAUUUGCCCCUGUGUACCUCGCAGAGAGCGUUGAUUCCCCUGACACCUUUUCAGACUCGGAACAAGAGAGUGGUCCUCCAGUUGGCAACAAAAGUUUAAGUUUACCCUGGGCUUGCAGUUCGACAAUUAGGGAUCUUGACCGCAAACCUCUAGAAGCUCUCAAGGUUGAGUCCGACCCACCUUCAGCCUGGGAAUUCUACAUGCUCCAAACUGCUCGAGACCGCAUUGAAAACUCGUCCUAUUAUCGACGGGCGAAGGACAGUAUCGUACAAUGCCAUGAAAUGCACGUUUUCAAGGAUGAAUCGAUUCUCGUUGAGGACUACCUAAACCAAGGCACCCUGCUAGACCUCAUUAAUAUCAGGACAGAGUCCAAUGGCGGCGUGGCUCCAUCAGAUCAGGGUCUGGAGGAGGUGGUAAUUAUGUUCUUUGCGGCAGAAUUGUUCCGUACAGUUGAGGCUCUUCAUUCUUGUGGGAUUCUCCAUGGAGACCUCAAGCCAGAUAACUGCUUGGUUAGACUGGGCGAGCCUACUUCUGCGACCUCAAUUGCUACCCCUCGGGGUGGCUCGCUUUUGGAGGACGACGAUGGCGUUUACCCUGGUGAUGGCAGCAUCGAAUACUCUCCCUCAGGAUUAUAUGGUUGGAAGGAGAAGGGCUUAACACUGAUAGACUUUGGCCGUGGUAUCGAUAUGCGUGUCUUCAGUCCAGAUGUUCAAUUCAUCGCCGAUUGGAAAGUCGGUCAGCACGAAUGCACCGAAAUGCGUGAAUGCCGACCUUGGACCUACCAGGUAGAUUUGUAUGGUCUCGCGGGCACAAUUUACGUCAUGUUGUUCGGAAAGUACAUGGAGUUGUCCCAAGUGACUGAGAGGACUAGCAACGGUCCCGGAUCUCCCAGCGUUAUUGGAGGCGAGCAUGGCCUGGGAGCGCAAAAGACAUACAGGAUCAAGGAAACAUUGAAGCGGUAUUGGGAACGUGAUAUCUGGUCAGAAGUAUUUGACCUAUGCCUUAACCCGUCGGGCCCUAAGUGGAUGGAGAUCGAACGUGACGCACGGGAGAGGAUUUCGAGUUGUACUACAACUGGUGAUAAGAUACCGACCUUCCCUGUGGUAAACUCAAUGAGACUCAUCCGCGAAAAGAUGGAAGCCUGGCUGGUGGCCAACGCUGGCCGCAAAGGGCUGCAAAAUCAUCUUGAUAAUUUGGAAUUGCUCAUUGCACGGAAGAGAGGGAAGCGUGAUAUUUAA